AUGGGUCACACUGCAUCAGAGGCCUCAGAUUCUUUGGUGCGGCACAGGCAAAGUCGUAGUUCUAGGUCUCCUUCACCACGGACAAAGAGAGUGAGAAGAGCUCAAGGUGAGAGAGAGGUUGGACGAAGUACAGAGAGAGAAGACGAGAAGAGCAACAAGAGCAGGGAAGUAGAAAGGGAAAGAGAUGGAGGAAAAGAUAGAGAUAGGGAGAGAAAACGACAAGGAGAGAAUGAGAAGAUGAGGGACAUAACAGAUAGGGACAAGAGAAGACGAUCAGGGAGAGAGGAAACUGAAGAAAGGUCAAGAGCAGGAUCUGAUGAUGAGAGACGACGCCCUAGAGGAAGAAGGUCUACUUCACCGUUAGUUAGGAGUCACAAGAAUAGGCCUUCUCCAGAAAGAUCUACUGCCUCAAGGCUUGAUGAGGGGUCCAAUGCAAUAGGGGGGAGCGAGGAACCCAAUGACGAAGAUGAUUCAGUUGCCAGAAUGAGAGCAGCUGAAGAAGCCCUGGCAGCAAAGAAAAAGGUAGAACCAUCUUUUGAGCUAUCGGGGAAACUUGCAGAAGAAACCAACAGAUACAGAGGUAUCACACUCCUCUUCAAUGAGCCACCAGAGGCUAGAAAACCCAACCAAAGAUGGAGACUUUAUGUUUUUAAGGAUGGUGAACCACUGAAUGAGCCACUUCCCAUCCAUCGCCAAAGUUGCUAUGUCUUUGGACGUGAGAGAAGGAUCGCUGACAUUCCAACUGAUCAUCCGUCUUGCAGCAAGCAGCAUGCUGUUCUUCAGUACAGGGAAAUGGAGAUAGAGAAACCAGAUGGUAUGAUGGGGAAGCAAGUGAGGCCUUACCUUAUGGAUCUUGGGAGUACCAAUAAAACUUACAUAAAUGAAAAGCCUAUUGAACCACAACGUUACUAUGAGCUUCUUGAGAAAGAUACCAUAAAAUUUGGCAACAGCAGCCGAGAGUACGUCCUAUUGCACGAGAAUUCUGCCGAGUGA